AUGGCGUCUCAGGCAUUCGGUGUUGACUCUUUCCCGCCUCUGGCGGGAGACUCUCAUCUGCCAAUUUUCAUGCACCACAGCUCUGCCAGUGACUGCCUGCCAAGCACCUCCCACGGCCACAGCAUGGUCUCUGCAGUGUCAUCCGGGCUGUCCCUGGGUCAGCCCUCCAAGCGUUCCCAAAUGCAACUAUCCACCACCUCCCUGGCAAACCCUCUUGGCAACAGCCCCCCCAGCCUCCACUACCCUGUCACCCCGUGUCACUACAGCAACCAGCAGGCUACCUAUGGCAUUAUGGCAGCUCAGGAGAUGCUCUCUGCAAGUAUUUCUCAGACUUGUAUCCUGCAAACAUGUGGCGUCCCUCCACCUAACAUGGUGAGCGCUGCAAACCCGCUGCAAGGUUCACUGACUCCAUGCCUGUACAAGUUUCCAGAUCCCGGUCUGAGCAGCAGCUCGUGUGCAUUAAGUCACGGUUUCUCCUCACUGCCCUCGGCCCUCCUGAUAACUGACGAGGCCCCAGGAGGCCCCUCUGUGGGCGAGAUGAAAGUCAACAUCCAGAGGAAGAGCAUCCGGGAGCUGGAGGACACCCCCGCUAUGGACUCCCCGCAGAUUCAAGAGCUGGAGAUGUUUGCUAAUGACUUCAAGAUAAGGAGGAUCAAACUUGGCUACACUCAGACCAACGUGGGUGAGGCCCUCGCCGCCGUGCACGGGUCAGAGUUCAGUCAGACCACCAUCUGCCGCUUUGAGAAUCUACAGCUGAGCUUCAAGAACGCCUGCAAACUGAAGGCCAUUCUGGCCAAGUGGUUGGACGAAGCUGAGCUCGCUCGAGCUCUGAACAGUGAUAAAAUUGGAAUAAAUGAGCGGAAGAGGAAAAGAAGAACAACUAUCAGCCUGGGAGCUAAGGAGGCUCUUGAGCACAGCUUUGUCGAAAAAAGUAAGCCAUCUUCCCAGGAAAUAGCCCGGAUAGCCAAAGGACUCCACCUGGAGAAGGAGGUGAUCCGGGUGUGGUUCUGUAACAGGCGCCAGAGGGAGAAACGGGUCAAAACCAGCCUCAGCUCCUGCUUGGCCAAAUUAAGUCCAAACUGCAUAGCCCAGAUGAGUAAAACACACCAGCCACUGAUAUAA